AUGAUGAGCGCCGCAUCCUUCCUAAAUCCUAUGGGCGAUCGCCUCCCUCAAUACCGCACCCCGUCCCCUCCGCGACGCGCCGUCGAACCCAUCACUCCCUCCACCACCACCGAUUUUCGUGCAUCUUGGGCCGAGCGCGCCGUCACUCGAGCUGCCAGCCUGGAUCGUGACCAGCGCCCGUCCAAUCACACACGAAACUCUGCUACCGAUGCUAAUUCACAUCACCGGUCGGGCCAUGGCCGGUCCAACUCGACCAUUGACACACUUGCAACGAUCGCUCUCGCAACGAGUCCGACUUUUGCUCCUCUCUCACAUCGACCACCAUCCCCCAACCCUCACUCCAAUGUACCCUUGUUUCCUUCCGACAAUAACUCCGAGAGGCCGGCGAAGCGUGCCCGGUCAGAAAGAGACUUAUCACCGUCCCGGCCUCGAGGAAUUCCACAAAGCAACAACAACCCCCACUCCGCCUUCAUAGACAGCAUGAAAACCGACGCGGAGCUUUUACUCAACUUCGCUCGACCCACCAAUUUUCCAUCCAAUAAUCAUAACCACACAAAACGAGUUAGCAUUGAUGAGACUUUCAACCAAUACGAAGGCGACUCAAUGCGGCAUAAUCGGGUUGGCAUCGCUGGUGGAGAUUUGACGGGUCUGCAAGAUGUCAAAUCUUCACAUGCCGAGGACGGUGGUCUUCCUCCACAAUCACGGAUGAGGUCUCGCUCUGAUGGAUCCGCCUUCCUCUCACGCCCUGCCAUUCACAAUGUACGCCCAACAACUAGCGCGGGAACAUUGCCUCCGAUUGUUUGGGAGGACGAGGGCGAGGAUAGUAGCACCCCAACUGAGGUGUCUCAUCCCUUUCUAUCCCACGACACACCUGAUCUUAAUCCGAAAGUUGAAGAAGACAAUGAUGGAGAAGAGGUAGAGAGAAACCAAGCAAGUUGUGCUGCAUGUCACCUGGUUCGGAUCCCCAUAGAAACUGAGGAGCAAGAUGAAGAUACUUGGAUUGGCUGUGAUGGGUGCAAGCGCUGGUUUCAUAUCGUUUGUGCCGGAUUCAAGAACGACCGGGAGGUACGGACUGUUGAUAAGUUCAUCUGCCGUGCCUGCCGACCAGCCCACGGCCAAACAACUUUUGUCCGCAAGUCCUCGCGUGCUCGCACGGCAAUUGACUAUGCCGGCCUGAAUCAAGGUCUUGUCAAGGCAGCGAGUGAUUCCGUGGAACACCAUUACCUCGAGCCCAUUCGCCAAGGCAAAAUCCGAUUCCUACCCGAGACCUUCCCUCGCAUGAAGCCAGAACUGGUAACAGCAGAAUACUUCGAACGAGGCAAUGGUUGGAAUGAGCCUGUUGUCAUCCCCGCCUGUUGGAACAACCGUGAGCCCGUUCCGGAAGUCGACUCAAGCCUGGAGACCUUGGUGUACGAAGCUUCCACACAAGAGAUGUUUGAUGAGCUCCUGGAUCAUGUUGCUGAAGAAGCGAUCGAUGUGAAGGAGUACCCCGAGUGUGGCCAAGAUCAACUAGACAUGGUGAUUCCGCAAGGUCUCACUGUGCGGGCUGUCGCUGAGCUUUAUGGGCCCCAAGAACGGGUUGAGGUAAUCGAUGUCAAGUCACAACAAGGAGAAGAUAAGCGAUGGAACAUGCAGAAAUGGGCCGAUUACUACGAAAGCACCGAGCCCAACAAGCCAGUUCGGAAUGUCAUCAGCUUGGAGGUGUCGCAAAGCAAGCUAGGCCGUCUGAUCAAGCGACCGAAGGUUGUGCGCGAUCUCGACUUGCAAGAUGCUGUUUGGCCCGAGGAGCUGAAGGCUAUUGGAGACUAUCCCAAGGUCCAAUUCUAUUGCUUGAUGUCCGUUGCCGACUGCUAUACGGACUUUCAUAUCGACUUUGGUGGUUCCUCCGUGUAUUACCAUAUCCUGAAGGGGAAGAAAACCUUUUUCUUCAUCCCUCCCAAGGACAAGCAUCUGAAGAAAUAUGAGGAGUGGUGCAAUUCCCCCGCGCAAGAUUCAAUAUUCCUGGGCAACCAAACCAAGGAGUGCUACCGCGUGGAUCUAUCUGAAGGUGAUACUAUGUUGAUCCCAUCAGGCUGGAUACAUGCCGUAUGGACUCCGGAAAACAGUCUGGUCAUCGGUGGCAAUUUCCUCACCAGGCUGAAUUACGGAAUGCAAAUCAAAAUUCUCAAUAUCGAAAAGGAGACCAAAGUGCCCAAGAAGUUCAGGUACCCAUUCUUCCAGAAGAUCCAAUGGUAUACAGCUUUGAGGUAUCUGGAAGAUGAUCCUAUUCCGCAAAACGUGCUGGACGCUUUCGCCCAGGAUGAGAACUAUCGACUUCAUCGACAAUAUCCCAUCUAUUAUGAGUUUGGUGAACGCACCAACCAAGAGCCCGUUGGUUCGCCUUACUACAAUGCUCGGUUCUAUUCUCAGGCCGAGCUGGAAGGCCUCCCAGAAUUAACGAAAUACCUUCUGCGGACAGCUCUCAUUGCAAGUUCGUAUAAUGUCGAUGGAGUGACAAUAGAAGUACGAAAUGCAGUCCGGCGCUCCAUUCCAAAGGGGGUCAGCGAUCCCGUGGAUGUGAUCCGGAGAUUUGGCAUUUGGGUUGCAUGGAAGCGUGGCAAUGAGAAGGCUCCUACGUGGACACGUCCUGGUGUCAUUGAGAGCAACCCCAAAGUCUCUCUUCAAGAAAAACGGCCUGCCGGCCGGCCGAGUCGGAGAUCUGAACGCAAUUUGGACGCACAGCGCACAUAUGCGGAAAGACAAGCAGUUCGUCGACCAACUGAGGAGCCCAUAGCUUCCUCCAUACCUCCCGUGAGUAGCAGUCUCCCUGCACCUUCUGAGAGUGCAACGCCGGCUCCCAUGGGUCCAAUUCCUGACCCUACUGCUGCUCCUGCUGCUGCGGCUACUACUACCAUCGCUGUUGUUGUCCCUCCUCCUUCUCAAGAGCCAGCUACCCCUAAGCCCAAGUCUGCACCGCGUGGCUCUGGGCUAGGGCCAAAACGCGUCGCAUGUGAUGCUUGUCGCAGACGGCGCAUCAGGUGUCGCCACAAGGACGAGCCAAAUGAGUGGAUGCAAGGUCGACCAAUGGCAAUUAACGGAUUUGGGCCUGGAUCCGGUCUUAGCACUCCAUCUUCGCUAGCUCAAGAUGCUGUCUCCGCACUCAAUUCUUUGGCUGCGAUUGCUUCUCAGGCUGGAUUUCAACCUAACGGCGUGGCUGGCCUGGAACGAUUUGAUGGCUCAGCUUUUCACUCGAGUGUGAUGGGAGCAUCUACGGCCGCCGCCAACAGGCUAAAUGAAGUAAGCCCUGACGGAACUAAUGGUGGUAAGAAAGGACGAAGCAAAGCUUGUGAUGACUGUCGGAAAAGCAAGCGCCGUUGUAUUCAUGAUGAACGUGGAAAUAUCGACCCGAUCAAGGCUCAGGAGCGGUCGAAGCCCCGUGGUACUGCUUCUACAAAGCGACCUCGACCAAACGAAGAAGACGGCGUCCCUACCACAGUGAAGAAGACCAAACAAGAGAGCACCUCUCCAAUUUCACACCCAGCAUUCUUCAGUCAAGUCGAAGGCAGAGGGGUCAUCACACAAGCGAUGAUGCCUGUCGCAAGCUACGAUGACGAGGCUAUCGCCUAUGGUGUUAUUAAUCACCUCCAGGCCCAGCCCAUCAAGGAUGACGAGACGCAUCUCAGUCAUGCUUUGUAUGCAUCGCCCCCUGUUUUCCAUGUCGAUUCGGUUGAAACCAAUGAUGCCGAUUCGAUUCCAGUUUCAUCAAAGCCGACCGCCUCCUUGGUAUCUCCACCCACGUCGCUGGCCGAUGAAAUGGAUGUAGUGCACGAUGGUGAGCCACUAGCGUCCGUUGAGGGUGAGGUCCCCACCACUCUUCACACACCCAAUUCCAGUUCUCGACAUUCAUCACGUCAACCUCGACAUGUGGAGCGCUUCGCACCAGAGGCUUCCACGACUCGUCCUCCCAAGCCAGCAAAUAAAACAAUUCCAUCUACCACACGUCGAACCUCGCCAGGAUUCCCUUCCUCGUCUAAGAAACCUUCAUCCCGGCCGUCUUCCUCUUAUGCAAAGAAGAGCUCACCCAUGGCUGAACGGACUUUUGAUCGGCAUGCGACUACUUCACUAUCCCCUCAUCAAUCGAAGCACUCCAAACACUUGUUCAAUGAAGCAGAUACCGAUGCUGAGAGUCUUCGUCUCAUUCGGGAGCUUCAAGAAGAGGAGUUCGGUUUACGAAGACGGCGCGGGUAG